CUACUGUUGACAGUUGUUAAAAGUUUUGUCUGCUAUAUAGUAUUAGACUAAUUUGCCUAUAUUUGUGUUUACCUAAAAAUUAAUUAAUUUAARCCAAUAAAAAACCGUUUGAAGCCGAAUUUUACAACGCAGUGUUAUUCCCUGCAGUUUUAACAAUGAGCAGAUGUGUAUUCCUCAUCGCGCUGAUUUCRGUAGCUGCCUGCCUCAGCACAGCAACUUCAGAAAUGCCAGCUUUUAAAACCAUUUAUAAGUUCUUCUCAUAUGGCAGCGCGAGCGACUAUAACGGCAAUGGCACACGCACCAAAGAUAUUUCACAGAUGACACUCGAGGAAUUGGGUGUUUCACGCGGCCAAUGCCAUUACGAUUUUCGGCCAUACAUAACAUACAGUGAACGUUUAUAUUGUGCACCAGAUGAUCAUCACAUAUUGCAUUUAUUACCUAGCAAUAUUACGGAAGCUGUGCGCAAACCACCAAUAAUGAUGCGUUGCUUGCAGCCGGAGCGACAUGAUAACGCGACACGCAAUGACAACACACUAUUAAUUAUGCAAAAUCUUAAGGAUAUAGUGGCGCUACUCAAACCAGUGGGCAAUGCAACUAAACGCCAUGAGCCAGGCAGUUGUGUUAUUGUGCUCUUCUACACCGAAUCAAGUUUGGGCUGUGCACAUGUUGCACCCUAUGCCAACAUGUUGCCCAUACUAUUUCCGACACUGCGUUUUGCCGCUAUUGAUGCUUUCAAAUUUCCCAGUUUCAAUACAGAAUUCGGUAUAGUCGGUUUGCCAACGUUACUGCUAUUCCAUCAAGGUCGGCCGAUAGUGAAAUUCUACAGUGACAUCGGUACGUUUCAUGCAUUCGUCACACGCCACACCGGCAUCAAACCUAUUGAACCAAUACCAAAGGAUUUAGAAGUUACCGGACCGCUACCACUACAGCCAGUACCGCAAGUCGAUUACGUGCUCAUACUUGCUUGGGCCUUCAUACUGCUUUGUGUGGGCAAUUACUUUGCAAAGUCGCAAUUGUGCAAGCAAAUUGUUGAAAUGAUCAAACGAAAUUGGCGUGAAUCGGAAGCKCGCAUGGAACGAAAUUAAAAAUUUACAAUUUUAAGUACGAUUUUAAGUGAGUGAUUUAUUGCAAAGCUCUUUCAUCAAGAUUCUCAUCAUAGUUUUUUUAGUUCCAAUAAAAAUUAAAAUAAACCUAUAAAAUCGUGUUUACUUACUAACACACCUUUGGAAAAACACUACAAAUUUAUACUCACCAAUAUUGAUCGCUUCCAAAUCUGUGCGGUUUGAAAKUGUAAAUAAAACAAAGUGACAGAUGU